CUAAUAACCCCUCAUCAUAUUCAUAUGAUUUACUGUGCUAAUAGUAUACAUAUUGUUAAAUGAAUAUAGAAUACAAGGUCGAGAAAUAAGUUUUUCGUUAUCAUAAUGCAUAUGAUCAAAAAGAUACAUCAAGAGAAAAGAUUUAUUAAUCGACAAUUAAGGACUCUUAGAAGCAUACAUAGUUGUAACUUUAUAUAUCAUAUGAUAAUGAUUACUAACAAAUAAUUUUAUUUGAUCAUUUAGAAAUAAUAUCAUUACCAUAAUGUGAAAAAGCAAACAUACAACUAUAGUUUGCUCAUUUACCAUAACGGUUUUUUCGGUGCGUUUGGCCGUUUCCUCAAUGAGUCUAUCACAUUCAUUUUGUAGUCCUUGUGAUAUUUCACGUUCCUUCUCUGCACUACGAUACUUUAAAUUGUUGCUAUACGUCCAUUCUUCAUGUGUGAAGCGUUGAGGUUGCCGCACCAAUCCAGCCAUUAUAAGGUCUUUUACAAUCUAGUAACUAAACGUUUUGAAACUUUGCGCUUCAUGUCGUCAUAACAAUAAAUCUACAAAUCAGUUAUAGUGAAGGAAACACCAACAUAUCCUUUUAAAUAAAGAAACCAUUCUAAAAAAUGUACAAUGUAUGGUACAUAUGCUUUUGUUACACAAAGGGGCGGUGGCGCUUAUUUAAAUAACCGGUAGAUCAUGAAGGAAGCGGACGAACUUAACCUCACUGUGAUCCAAACGUACGACAAGUAUUGCACACAAAUCCUGGACAAGUCUCCAAGUGCUCAUGUGUAUUCUUUCCAGAGUGAUAAAAAUGCAUGGGCUAAAACGAAAACAGGUGGCAUAUUUUUCUUAUAUAAGCGAUCAAAAGUUCCUUUUUUCGCUUUCAUGAUUCUGAAUCGUAAGAGUCCGACAUUGAAUCAAAUUGAGUUAGUGACUGCAAGUUUACAGCUUCAGCUGCACUGUCCUUUUCUUUUAUAUAAGACUUCGAAAGGGGAUAUAUUCUCCAUCUGGUUCUUCUCUGGUUCAGAUUGUGAACGCAUCGCAGAAAAACUUGGCAAACUUGUUCACGACGCUGGUGGCUUAGGACUAAAGAUAGCUCCUACGAGCCAGUCCACAAAUUCCAAAUCUAAAUCUCCCAAUUCUGUGAUGAAUCCUAUAGUGGCUGCUCCUAAAUCUCCGGAAACAGUUACUAAAGGAUUAAAUCAGUUAAUGGAUUUCGUUCGUGCGUCCAAUGAAAAUUCCAAGGCAAACUCUUCAAACCCAUCCAAAGUUAAUGACAAUGUAUCUAAUCAUUCCGAAGGACCAAGUAUAUUUGACAUGUUACACAAGGCAGAAGCCGAUUUUAAUUCAGGAAGUAAUCGAAGCGUAUCACAAUCAGACAUAACCGUCAAAAAUGAACUACAACGUUUUCGUACAGCUUGCAAUCUUCCAGUUUCAAAUGGAAAUAAUUCAUUCGGCAAUCAUUCUGGACCAGGUGCUAGCGGAGUUUCAAGUAGUAAGAAGAAUAAACUGAGUUGUGGGUCAUCUCAGAUUGUCAAUCAUAUUUCUGUUGCUGAACUUGAAGAACAAUUACUUCAGGAGCAUAUAUCUCUUCCUGAAAACGUUGAUGGGCUAACAUCACGUUCAAAGAUAUCCGGUGAUUUAAAAACAGUUGUCGCUACGGACGAUAGUUCUCCAGAUGACCAGGUGUUAUCACAUGUGUCAGUCAUGGAGUCUUCUGCAUGCUACCUUGAAGGACAUAAAGAUACUCGUGUUGAUCGAAAUCGCCGCCUUCUUAGUGAUGAUGCUGGUUAUGUGGAUGAUGUUGAUGAUGAGGAAGCAUGCGAAGACCCUUGUGGUCGUGGUUUACCCAAAAGCUAUGGAGUUGGCCAACGUAAACAACGACGGCAUAUCCGUCAGCAACAAGAAAAUUUUUCAGAUGAAAUACAUUCACCAUCUAAUCGGUCGGUUAAUCGAAAUAAACUCUCGAAUAUCACUCCCAAGUGUAAAACGAUUAUAGGAGAAGACACACUCGUUACACCUGACAUGUUAACCAGCAUCCCAUCAUCGAUUUUCCCCGGAUUAAUGUCCGAAUUUAAUUAUGGUAAACAUACUGUAUCGAGCCCUUUUUCAGAAAAUAAAGCCCCCAUCUCGACAACAGAAAAAUCCGCGAUGAAUGAAUAUCUUACGAAAGAUCAACUAAGAGAAACAUUAAUUCAUUUGUUACAAACAGAUGAUGAUUUCUUACAUCGUAUACAUAUUGGUUAUGUUAAUGUAUUAGAAAAGCGAUUGCCCAGAAAGUAGAAAGUGCGAUUUUCUUUAUCUGUACUUAUUGUUUUUAGUUUUAGUUGCAUCAAUAGAGAAAAGAUAUACAUUGAUUAAUUAACUAAUCAACCAACUGUAUGUAUUAUGUCAAAAUUAGAUUAUGUUAAUUAUAUUUAAUCAGUUUAUACAGUUAUUGCAUAAAAAAGGAAGAAGGGGACAAAUGAGACAUGCUCUGUUCAAUUUUGCCAUUGUUUCUUUUCUGGUUGUUUUUAUUUCAGUAUAAAUUUGAACAUUUCGUUUUUGUUUUUUGUUAGUGAUAUCUGUCAUCCAUCGACGGUUGUAAUUUUCAAGCAUUUAUUAUUCUAUGCGUUUAUCUUAUGUAAAAAUAAGCCCAUAUACAUAAACAUACAUAUUGUGUAUAUCUUAUUAUUCAUGUGAAAAUACGUCAUAUAUGAGACGUUUUUCUAUUGUUAUUCAAUAAAUAAAUAGUUGGUUUUCUUUAUCAGGAUUUCUACAGAUAGUAUCUUUUAUCUACCAAUUUCCCAUAUGUUGUAAUGUAUGUUUGUUGGUUCUUCCUCUGCAAUAUUGUAUUCAAGAAAAAUAUUUAUCCGAAUAAAAUUGAAGUCAGAAGACCUACUCAAAAAUACAGUUGAUCUUUGCUUAUUCAAUCAUAUUGAAUGCGAGAGUUAUCAAUGGAAUUGUUAGUUCUAUCUGAAAAAGUUUAUUCGGACUUGCAUAUACAGUUCCUUACUUUUUUAAUCUGAAGACAGAUCUUAUUUAACAUAUUUCUCUCCGUGUACAUAAUAUUUAACUUCGUCCAAUUGUUUCCUGCUAAUAAUAAACAGAAGCACGUUGUCCUACUGUUGUUUUCGCACCGUUUAUGAUUAUAGGAGCGUAUAAUUCAUCAAAGGGGAGCUUAGUCAAAGCCGAUAAUGUUUUAGUCAGGAAGCUUUCAUUCCUUUGGCGUUUUUGAAAGAUUUAUAAGUCUUCCUUAAAAUUAUUUUUUAGCUCAAAGUAAUAUAAUUGUAUGCUCC